AUGAGUUUCUCAGCCCCAGUAGACCCCCUCGCCUUGCUGAGAGGCGGAGACGAGCGGGCGCUGGAGAAAGAUGAGGAAGACGAAGAUGACGAUGACGACGACGACGACGACGAUGACGUGUCGGAGGGCUCCGAAGUCUCCGAGAGCGACCGCCCGGCCGGCGCCCCGCACCACCAGCUCAACGGCGAGCGGGGUCCGCCUUGCGCCAAGGAGAGGGUCAAGGACUGGCCGCCCUGCGGCUCCCACCAGGGCCAGGAUGAAGGGCGGGGCCCCGCACCUGCCAGCGCCUCCCGCCAGGUGUUCUCCAUGGCGUCCAUGAAUAAGGAAGGGGGGACUGCCUCUGUUGCCACCGGCCCCGAUUCUCCAUCUCCUGUGCCUUUGCCCCCCGGAAAACCGGCCCUCCCUGGGGCGGAAGGGACCCCCUUCAGCUGCCCCCCGGGGCGCAAGGAGAAGCCGGCCGACCCGGUGGAGUGGACGGUGAUGGACGUGGUGGAGUACUUCACGGAGGCCGGCUUCCCCGAGCAGGCCUCCGCCUUCCAGGAGCAGGAAAUCGACGGCAAGUCGCUGCUGCUCAUGCAGCGCGCCGACGUGCUGACCGGGCUGUCCAUCCGCCUGGGCCCCGCGCUCAAGAUCUACGAGCACCACAUCAAGGCGCUGCAGCAGGUCCACUUCGAGGACGACGACCCCGACGGCUUUCUAGGCUGAGCGCCCCGGCCUCGCCCUCCCGCCCCCAAACCCAUUCCAGACCCUUCCCCCCUCAUCCCCCCCAAACCCCAGAGUCCAGGAUGCUGGACUGGUGGGAGGGGGGGCAUUGCCCUCUCUUUGUCUCAUACACCACCUGCACCCCUAAAACAAACCCGCUCCACCGUGGAGGACAGUGUGGACUCUGCCUGAUCGUUCAUCUCCCCACCCCCAGGAGGCCAGCCUGCCCCCCCACACACACCCGGGACAUUUUUGGAGAAAAAGGGCAGGGGGGGAACUUCCUAUCUCCCAAGAUCCUCUCUGUUCAGCCGGAUGUAUCCUGUAUACGUGUUUUGUUUUUUUUCUGCCUGUUCAUUGGCGGGUGGUCUUUC